AAAAACACAUAAAACAGAAAUUAAAAAAAGAAUCUUUAAAAAAAAAAUCCAGGUGUUUGGUUUGCUCUGAAUCCGCGUGCGUCACCUGUUUCUUCCUCCAACCUGUCCCUCCGCGCGAUUGGUCAGACUCACUUUAGACUGCCCCGCCCUCCAGCGCUGUCCCGAGCUCUCAUUGGACGCUUCAGACGCCAGUAACAGGUGCCUCGGCCCCGCCUCCCCCCUCUCUGUCAGGUUGUUCGUCAGUCUGGAAGAAAAAAAGAAAAGCUGUGAUGAGAGUUUUAAUAAUGGCGUGGCCGUGGCGGGGGGCUGCAGCUCUCUGCCCAAGUCCACCAUCAGAAAAACACCUGUGAACCUCGACCUGGAGCUUAUCAGCGGUUUGUAAAAGUAAUUUAACGGACCAUACAAUGACACCGGAUAGAGUAAAUCUCCGCUGAGAGCCUGCUCUGAAAACUGUGUGAAAACUACUGGAUUGUUGCUGGAAACGCUUUGCCAUGUCGUUACUGUGUGUCAGAGUGAAAAAAGCCAAGCUCCAAGGACCUCCAGACAAGUUCAACACCUACGUGACGCUGAAGGUGCAGAAUGUCAAAAGCACAACGAUCACCGUGCGGGGGGACCAGCCCUGCUGGGAACAGGAUUUCAUGUUUGAGAUCAACCGGCUGGACCUGGGCCUCAUUGUUGAGGUGUGGAACAAAGGCCUCAUCUGGGACACCAUGGUGGGGACGACUUGGAUUCCUUUAAAGAGUGUCCAACAAUCAGAGGAGGAGGGCUCAGGCGACUGGAUCUUUCUGGAUGCAGAGGUCCUGAUGAAGGCAGAUGAGAUAUAUGGCACCAAGAACCCAACACCUCAUCGAGUCCUUCUGGAUACUCGCUUCGAGCUGCCUUUUGACAUCCCAGAUGAUGAGGCACAGUACUGGACAGGCAAGCUGGAACACAUCAAUACCUUGGGAAUCGAUGAUGAGUACCCUCUCCAGGAUGAUGUUCAGAGUCGCCCACUGCCAUUUGCGGCCUCCCAGUGCUGCAACUAUUUCGGAUGGGCUGACCCACUAACUCUGGAUGACCAGGACAGCGCUGUAGAUGACCGGGAUAGUGACUAUCGCAGUGAGACGAGUAACAGCCUGCCUCCGCGUUACCACACGACGGCUCAGCCCAACUCGUCCAUGCACCAGUAUCCCAUGGGACCCCGGCAGCAGCACCACCCAGACUCCUGCACAGACUCUGUCCACAGUUUUGACCUCGACUACAGGGACCAGAGAGGAACGAGUCCAGUGGAAAGUAGUCGCUUUGGGUCAUCAGGAAACCUGAGCCAGACCAGCUCCCAGCUUAGUGAGGCUGGCCAGGAGAGCACUGGGGGGUCAGAACUGGAGGAGUCCUUCCACUCUUACCACAGUACUGGCUUUCACCCCUCCACCAAUGGGCAGCCACACACCAAUGGACAUCUUCCCACCAAUGGUCACACUAAUAUCGGUGAGCAGGAGAUACAUAGGCUGUCCCCUGAAGUAGGACGAGUCCUGAAAAAUGAUGCUCCAUCAGAGAGAGGGUCCUCUAAACUCCUGAGGUUUCAUGAUGAUGGGCCACCAUUACCCUUUUCUCCAUCGAGAGUUCGUUGGUUGAAGGCCAUCAAUAAAGUCAGGGUUCAGCUCCGGGAGGUUCGAGAUGAAGAACCCAAUGAUCGACAGGCCUGGGUCAAACCAGGUGGUGGAUCUGGUCUCUAUGGAAUUGACAGCAUGCCAGACCUGCGUAAAAAGAAGCCAAUCGCCUUGGUCAGCGAUGUGGCUAUGUCACUUGUCCAAGCCAGGAAGGCGGGAAUUGCAUCUGCCAUGGCUGCACGGUCCUCAAUCAAGGAUGAGGAGCUGAAGCAGCAUGUCUACAAGAAGACCCUACAGGCUCUCAUCUAUCCCAUAUCCUGCACUACACCACAUAACUUCGAGGUGUGGACUGCCACUACGCCCACGUACUGCUAUGAGUGUGAGGGGCUGCUGUGGGGAAUAGCCCGCCAAGGAAUGCGUUGCUCUGAGUGUGGGGUCAAGUGCCACGAGAAGUGCCAAGAGCUUUUGAAUGCUGACUGUCUACAGCGUGCUGCGGAGAAGAGUUCUAAGCACGGAGCUGAGGACCGCACUCAGAAUAUUAUCAUGGCCAUGAAAGAUAGGAUGAAGAUCAGGGAAAGGAACAAACCCGAAAUCUUUGAACUUAUAAGGGAAGUGUAUGUAAUCAGCAAAACCAUGCAUGCGCAGCAGAUGAAGACCAUCAAGCAGAGCGUACUGGAUGGCACCUCAAAGUGGUCUGCCAAGAUCACCAUCACAGUCGUUUGUGCCCAAGGACUUCAGGCAAAGGAUAAGACAGGAUCCAGUGAUCCAUAUGUCACUGUUCAGGUGGGCAAGACCAAGAAGAGAACCAAGACCAUAUAUGGCAACCUAAAUCCUGUCUGGGAGGAGAAGUUCCACUUUGAGUGCCACAAUUCCUCAGACCGAAUUAAAGUGCGCGUGUGGGACGAGGAUGAUGACAUCAAGUCGAGGGUGAAGCAGCGUCUCAAGAGGGAAUCUGAUGAUUUCCUGGGCCAGAGUAUAAUUGAAGUUCGAACGCUUAGCGGGGAAAUGGACGUCUGGUACAACCUUGAGAAGAGGACAGACAAGUCAGCUGUGUCAGGUGCCAUUCGCCUCCAAAUCAACGUGGAGAUCAAGGGAGAGGAGAAAGUGGCUCCGUAUCACGUGCAGUACACCUGUUUGCAUGAGAACCUGUUCCACCACUCGACCGACGUGCUGGGCCAAGGUGUGGUGAAAAUCCCAGAAGCUCGUGGAGACGAUGCGUGGAAAGUCUACUUUGACGAUGUGGCGCAAGAAAUAGUGGAUGAGUUCGCCAUGCGCUACGGGAUUGAGUCAAUCUACCAGGCCAUGACGCACUUUGCCUGUCUGUCGUCUAAGUACAUGUGUCCCGGGGUUCCUGCAGUGAUGAGUACCCUGCUGGCCAAUAUCAAUGCCUUCUACGCCCACACAACCGCCUCCACCAAUGUGUCCGCCUCCGACCGCUUUUCUGCCUCCAAUUUUGGGAAAGAACGUUUUGUCAAGCUUUUAGACCAGCUACACAACUCCUUGCGCAUUGACCUCUCAACUUACAGGAACCACUUUCCUGCCAGCAGCAAGGAUCGACUGCAGGAUUUAAAAUCCACCGUGGACCUCCUAACCAGCAUCACCUUCUUCAGGAUGAAGGUGCAGGAACUACAGUCCCCACCCAGAGCCAGCCAGGUGGUGAGAGACUGUGUCAAAGCUUGCCUCAACUCUACAUACGACUACAUCUUCAACAACUGCCACGAGCUGUACAGCAGACAGUACCAACCUAUUGACACAAGCAAGGAGGAGGUCCCGCUGGAGGAGCAGGGUCCAAGCAUCAAGAACUUGGAUUUUUGGCCAAAACUCAUCAUGCUCAUCGUCUCCAUCAUUGAAGAGGACAGGAAUUCCUACACGCCUGUGCUCAACCAAUUCCCUCAAGAACUGAGCGUAGGGAAGGUGUCGGCGGAGGUCAUGUGGACAUUGUUUGCUCAGGAUAUGAAGUAUGCCAUGGAAGAGCACGAGAAGCACAGGCUGUGUAAAAGCACCGACUACAUGAACCUGCACUUCAAGGUCAAGUGGCUCUACAAUGAAUAUGUUAAGGAGCUGCCAAACUUUAAAGGCAUUGUCCCCGACUACCCAUCAUGGUUCCUACAGUUUGUGCUCCAGUGGCUGGAUGAAAAUGAAGAUGUAUCUAUGGAGUUUAUGCAUGGAGCCCUGGAGAGAGACAAAAAAGAUGGAUUCCAGCAGACGUCUGAGCAUGCUCUGUUCUCCUGCUCUGUGGUGGACAUCUUCACCCAGCUCAACCAGAGCUUUGAGAUCAUCAGGAAAUUGGAAUGUCCUGACCCUAAUGUCAUGGCCCAGUACAGCCGCCGCUUCUCCAAGACCAUUGCCAAGGUUCUUCUGCAGUACAGUGCCAUUCUGACCAAGAGUUUUCCUACUUAUAUCGAAAAAGAGAAGAUCCCGUGUGUCCUGAUGAAUAAUGUGCAGCAGUUAAGGAUCCAGCUGGAGAAGAUGUUUGAGUCGAUGGGUGCCAAACAGAUGGACACCGAGGCCAGUGACUUACUGAACGACCUGCAGGUGAAGCUGAACAACGUACUGGAUGAACUCAGCAGCACAUUUGGGAACAGUUUCCAGAAUCGUAUCAAUGAUUGUAUGCGACAGAUGGCAUCUCUGCUGUACCAGAUCAAAGGACCGCUCAACGCCAACAACAAAAACCAAGUGGAGGCCGACUCCGACAACAUGCUACGACCACUCAUGGAUUUUCUGGAUGGAAAGCUGACACUGUUCGCUACCGUAUGUGAAAAGACGGUGUUGAAGCGUGUGCUCAAGGAGCUGUGGAGGAUCGUAAUGAGCAGCCUGGAGAAGACUAUUGUCCUGCCGCAGGGCAACGAUACCUUUGGAGCACAGAUUCUCUCAGCUGCAAAAGAACUGGGUCAGCUCUCCAAACUCAAGGAUCACAUGGCGGGGGAGGCUAAAAGCCUGUCUCCCAGGCAGUGUGCUGUCAUGGACGUGGCACUGGACACUAUCAAGCAAUACUUCCAUGCAGGGGGCAACGGGUUGAAGAAGGCAUUCCUGGAGAAGAGUCCUGAGCUGUCGUCACUACGCCACGCCCUGUCCCUCUACACUCAGACAACAGACACACUCAUCAAGACCUUUGUGACCACCCAACAUGGACAAGUGCACAAUGGAAAGGGUAUUAGGUUAACUCCCAAUGAAAAAAUACAGCCCAGCAGGGGUUCAGGCGUGGACAAGUCAAUAGGAGAAGUGUCUGUCCAGAUCGAGCUGCACACUCAUCCUGGGAAUGGGGAGCGUAAAGUGACGGUCAAAGUUGUGGGAGCUAAUGAUUUAAAAUGGCAGACGUCCGGCAUGUUCCGACCCUUCGUGGAGAUCACCAUAAUUGGGCCUCACCUCAGCAACAAGAAGCGCAAAUUCCAGACCAAAUCCAAGAACAACAGCUGGUCUCCAAAGUUCAAUGAGAGCUUCAGUUUUGUUCUUGGUAACCAGGAGGGCUUCGAGUGCUACGAGCUGCAGGUCUGCGUCAAAGACUACUGUUUCGGCCGCGCCGACAGAGUGGUCGGCUUGGCCGUGAUACAAUUAAGAGACAUCAUGGCAAAGGGCAACUGCGCCUGCUGGUGCCCGCUUGGCCAACGCAUCCAAAUGGACGACACAGGCCUCACCGCCAUGCGAAUCCUCUCCCAGCGCUCCAACGACGACGUGGCCAAGGAGUUUGUGAGGCUGAAGUCAGAGAUUCGUUCGGCCGAAGAGGGCAGAUGAGGAGAGCUGGAUAGGAGGGAGAAAGACUUUCCGUAGACGGGCAUGUGGACUCUUUCUUAGACCUUUGAUGUGUCUUAGCUGCUGUUGACUGUUUGGUGGCGCCUUGCCAAGUUCACCGACACACUGUCACAUUCACACCGGGUAUUUUAGACAAACACUCACUCUCCGUGUUCCUCAAACACUCGUUAUUUACCGAGCUACUGUACGGCACACAACCACACAGACACUGGCUCACUCAACCUUCACACUCACCAGCUGUUUCACUGCGCAGUAACCACUCACUCAGUCAUUUAUCCUUUUUUUUUUCACUUUUCUCCUCAUCAGUGCCAGGAUGCCAGGCCUCACUGGAGGGCCCACAUAAGUUCCCACACCUCCUAAGUGUUGUUGUGCAAUAACCCCAACUUAACCCCUCAAACCGAGGCCGUGUGUUUGAUGCCUUACACUCUACAAACUGUGAAUGUGGGAAGUAAAAAAAAAAAAAAGGUUGUUUGAAUGCCCUCUUGUAACUCCACUAUGAUGGAUUGAGUAAAUGUGAAAACACUGUAUGGUUUAUCUCAUAAAAGGGUCUUUUGUUUGACGAAUGGAUGUUUGGUGGCUAGGAGACAGUCCUAGUUUUUUUAUGGUCUGUUAAUUAUUAAUAUAAUAGGGCGGAAGUGAAGCUGAUGAAGUUAAGCUUGUACAGUUAAUGUGUCAAUAGAAGGUACUUAAACUAAUAAUCCUUAAUUUGACCCCUUAAUUUCAAGGAUUGUUCAGUCAAAUGUGUGCCUUGCUAAGUUAAGUUUCUAUUCCUGUAUCCCCAGGAAAGACGAAGCAGUGACACGAUCAGUAGAUAAUAUAGUGGUCAAAAUGAAGAACAAUGCAAUUCAAAUCAAAACCUCAUGAGAAAUUAGACCAAAAGUGUGAACAUUAACCCUGGCCAGAUUUAUUUCUAAGUAUCAGCUCCAUAUAAAACUUGUAUAAUCGUGAUGGUGCAGCCAUUUUAUUUAUUUUUUUUAUACAUAUUUAUUUUUGUCUGUCCCAUGAUUUAAAAUGUUGUUUACUGCUGGCGACAGACGUGUUUGCCAGAAGGGCGUGUCUGAGAAUUUGCACAGCCGUUGCUGUGUCGCUGCACAGAGGUUCUUUACAAGAUGAGAUACACACCCUCAAGUGACAACCUAGUGUCUGUUAUGAAAUGACUUUUGCAUCAUUGACUUACAAUAGUGAUAACCGUCUUUUAGAGUUGUUCAUUUAUGGUAAAGAAAUAUUACUUGUUGAACUUUUCAGGUCACAACUUUUUCUUCCAAAAAAAGGAUAUCUGAACACAAGCUCCUCAGCUGCUGAGUUGAUAAGGAGUGUAGAAUUACUUAUGGUUUACAUAUAUCCUGCUCUGUUUUCUUCUACUCUUCCUAUGAGUGGCCUUACUUUGGUGAAAAAAAAACAAAAACAAAUAAAAUAUGUAUCUUUUUAAUCUUUUGUUUUUUAAUCCUCGUAGUUCCUUCGGCUCUCAGCGAUGAGUAUUGGCUACUUCUCUGCCCAUGAUGUCAAAUAAGUUUUCCAAGUGAUGUUCCUUAUCAUUUUGUACUUUUUAUCUUUUGAUGAUAUCGCAGACGUUCUAUAUCUAGGCUGGGUUUUCUUUACAGUCUGUUAUUUUUUUGUGUUCUUUUUCUUCUGGUGUUUUGUAAAUGUUAAUCCUUAAUUCCUCUUUAAUAGUUCGGAAUGAUGUCAAUCACUGUAUUGUAAGAUAUGUUUCAGUUUUAUGGAUAAGAGUCAUAUAUACAGUGAGACGUGUGCCAGUGAAUUUGUUCCUAACUGAUGGAAGAAAAUGAAAAUGUUACUCUUAGUGAAGGAUGGAUGUUGCUAUAAUAUGAUAACCUUAAUGUGUGCACAUUUUUGAAGCGAUCACACCCUGUAGAAAUCCCAAACUCACAUUCCUCUGUUACAGUUUAUUAUCCUUUGUGAAUAAUUCAUCUUAUUGGUAUAUAGCCAAUACAAUACACACGUUCCUUGUGCCAAGUUGCAAGUGUUCACUUUUUUUUAUUAUUUCUAUAUUAUUUGUUAACCCUUGUACUAUCAUUAAGUCACUGCAAUAGUACAAUAUAUCAGUCACAGUAACUGCGUUUUUGUGAUGUUUUCUUUGUACUGUCUGAAAUGUCCUCACCAUGUAAACAUUCCAUUUAAUGAAUUUUGUAUAAAGUAUUCCACAAGUAUAUAAA